AGGAGACCUGAAAGUGGCACAUGGCAGAGUGUGGCGAUGGAGGACAGCAGCAAUGGGGAGGCCGUACAGGGACCAUGAGAGACUCUGGACCUGGCAGCAGCAUGAGGAGGCGGUAUAUAGGGGCCUAUGGCAGAUUAGGGGCUGGCAGCAGCUAUGGGAGGCCGUAAUCUGCCAGCACCCUAUGUCAAAAAAUUCUACACACCAGCAGUGUGUGAGGAGACCUGAAAGUGGCACAUGGCAUGAGUGUGUGGCAGAUGGAGGACGGCAGCAUGAGGAAGCGGUAUAUAGGGGCCUAUGGCAGAUUAGGGGCCUGGCAGCAGCUAUG